CUUGUUUUGGUCGUCACUAAGCUAUCGAUGUCUGCAAUCAUACCAUUUGUUUACCAUUUGAUGUCUUAAAAACCAAAAACUAAUCACUCAUUUGACAUGAAUAUCAGUGAUAUUUGAGACAAUUAGUGGUGAAUGUCUUGAGUGGUGGUAAAUGUGAUAAUAUUAGCGGUCUACAGUUGACCACAGAGUGACUGAUCAGCCAUUGAUUGUCUGAAUGAAUAAAUUACCGAAACUGAUGCUCAAGAGCGGGACCGGUUGUCGCGAUCAGAGCCAACAACAGGCCCACCACACGGACCAAUCACAGCACCCGCUGCUGUCCCCACACAACAACCCAAACCUCAAUCACCCCUUGAGUCCCAACGGGAGCUAUGGGUCAGUGAAAGGCGUUUCCAUAGCACAGCCCUAUUCGCCGCCGCCGUCGCCGACACACACGUCCACCACUGCGACGACCGCCGCCUCACCGAUGCCUCUGCUGUCGGGUCCCGACCAGACGGCAGACCCUAAUUGGCAGGCAUUCAAGAGUGGAGUGCGUGAGAGGAACGCCUCCAUGUUUAACAACCCACUCAUGAGUGACGUGCUCUUCAUCGUCGGUCAGAAGGGC